GUCACAAUCAAGCCGUCUAUAAAGUUCGAAAAUAUGUCACAAUAUACAUUCGCCAGCGUCAUUAAACGCAAGGCUUCGUCUGCGACCUCAGCAGACCAACGAAGUUUUAAGGACGCGCGCGCGGCUUCAAGCUGUGUAUUGACGUGGGGAGACUGCUUUCAUUAUGGGCAGGCGAUCCGGCGAGUCAAAGAAGAAGGCAGGCCGCACUGCUAAGGCCAAACCAGGAUGCUUAACAUGCGAAGAACGCGGACUGACAUGCGACGAAACGCUUCCUACCUGCCAACACUGCCAACAGAGUGGACGAGUAUGCAAAGGGCUACGGGGGAGGACUGGGCUGUGGGGAAAGACCUCUACGAGCCCUGGGCCGGCGUUUAUGGUCGGGAUGGAUCACUCGAAGCUAUCAAGCAACCCACCCAAACAAACUGCAUCGGAAGGUGACCUGGUGGAUGGUGCGAACCGAGAGAGUUCCAAAAAGCCCCGUACUGGAAAGAGGACCGCCGAUGCAGUGCCGCUGCCAGAGGCUAGGACCACGGGUAGCCCGAAACGAGCUCGGAGUCGCAAGGACGAACAGCAGGACGGAGACUGCAUAACUGUGUCUUUUGAGUCAAUGGAGAACCACAAGCAUCCAAAUCGAAGUCCAGCAUCUGAGGCUACUAUGCCUACUGCGCAAUCAGAUGUUGUAGAGUGUCAGUCUCAUCGUCAGGUUUCGAGCGAGGAUAGCAACGCCAUGCAGAAGGCACGGUUGGCUUUGUCGGCUGUCGAGACAAGCAGAUGGACUAAGCCAUCUCAAGGCAAUACACCACCUGACUCAAGGACCAAAUCGAACAGCGCUUCAACACAUUCUCCUACAUCCGAUAGUCGACCCUUGGAAAUUACCGAAAUUGACAAUACUGGGUUGUCGGGCCAAGCAAGGAACCCUCCAAAUGACCCGUCACCCCCAGCUAGAGGGCCGUCAGACCUACAUGUUCCUGCGAGUUCCGAACAACAGAGUUUCUCGUCAGUCCCUGUUGAGGCUGAGCAAGACCCGGGUAGACCAUGGAACUCCCCUAGGGUUGAUACGCACAGUCAGGCAGUGGAAACAGAACGUCGCCCGUUGAUGUCAGGAUCCUUUGGAGGCUCCUCGGUCGCGGGAACCGGCCGGUCGGCCUCAUUCGAUAACAUUCCACCACCUCCUGACAGCACUCAUUACCCAGCAUCGAUGCAAGAUGCUGGAAGUCGGCUGUUUCAACCACAAAUGAUCACUACGGAUCCUGCUAGGGGCAAUCGUCCAUCAGAUUCCCUCAAUACUAGCCAGCACCUAGAAUCUGUGUCCAUUUCAUCAUCAAAUGCAACAACGCCAGCAACUCAUCACCACCGGGCCCCACCACCUAGCCAAGCGUCUUCUAACCGACCGGCUCUAACAUUUACCAUAGACGGCUUGCAAGGCGAGUUGCCUUGGUCUACGAUGCGGCCCUUUGUCGAGGUGUUUACAAGAAAUGGCGACGUCCUCCUACAAUCAAGGACGCUAAUCGGAUAUAAAGUAUACCCCAUGGAAUUCAUAAUGUGGCCAAAGCUACGGGACUUCCACAGAUGGUAUAUGACGGAGACAGGAACCACCGAUGUCUUGCAUCUCCGAAUUGAGAUGUAUAACGCCGAAUCGAAACUCGAAAAUAUAUUCGUCAUCUCCAGAGACAAUGCACACCAUCUUCCGGUGUUGAGGCAAUAUAUCUGGGACUUCUUCUGGACGGCAUCAAGCUUGAACAACACAUCUACUUUCAAGGUUGUGGUAAGGGAUGCUCGUGAUGCUGAGUGUGGUGCUACUGCCCUUGUGCUCCCAGCGGAACGCUCUACGACCUCCAGGGCUAGAACUAUCGGGCUGGUAGCUGAUUCCCGGCCACCAGCUGCCCAAGUGUGUGGUGGAUACCCGCCUCGUCAUAAUAAAGUCACCGCCCAUACAAUUUCCUCCGUUGCUCCUCGUGCCCUGGCACCAAAAAUUGUCCCCACAGCGGCCCAGAUGCACAUUCCAGAAAUCAAAUACCCUGGAUCGUCCAUGGGUGUUGCUGCGUACGUUCCUCAAAACCAACCAGAGGAUGCUCGAGACUUGAGCAGCCGACAAACAGCAAUAGCGGCGGUUCUUGCUCCGGAAAUCGCUGUCAGGGUUCAAACAGACGGAGCGGGAAAGGUCAGCGCUCGCUACAGCAAGUGGGUUUUGAGACCAGAAAUCACGACGGCAGAUUUCUUUGCUUGGUUUGCACACCAGACUGGCCGUGGUGGUAGCAAUGGGCCGCCAUCACUGAGAUUCACCCUUAAAGACGCCAUGCCAGCCCCAACAUCGAGCACGAUUGCACAAGCCGACGAGGACCAUUUCAAUUUAAUGAAAAGGGACCUUAAGACGCAAUUUGAAAAGGCGGGGGAGCUUGUACCGAACUUGAAAGAAUUUCUUGUUUUAGUGACUGAUCCAGAUUGGGUUUCAGAGGAGGACUGGUAAUUUUGACUUUGUUUUGAUUUUGAUGAGCAUUAGGCUUGGGUUCUUUAAAGGCAAUUGACGUUUUGUGGUGUGGGAUGGGCCAUUCUCAUGUAUUUAGUUGAAUAGAGCUAUUCAACUUGAAUGCUUCAUCCUCGAAACUUCUCCUGUAAUAUACCAAAUAACAUUUCACUAUUGUUGAGCAACACCCCCAGCUAGUACCAUUACCCCGAGACGAGACUGAGGAGCAGUGGUUACUUCGUAAUAUGCAAACCAAAAUGGG